GAAUUUUGGUGACAUUUGGUGUACCUCUCCCCCAUCAUGCUUUACUGGUUCAACACGCACAUAAAGGAUACAAGCCCCUUGGAGACACAAGUUCGUCGCCGACCGAGUUUGAACUAGCAGACUCCAAAAUGAGAAAAAUGUCCAUUCGCGAGGGACUGAACUCCAUUGGACCGUCCACACACCCGCAGAGGUGGCUCGGCCUCAUUGCGCUAUCGUUCAUUUUCUUCUUUUUUUUCUUCAACGCCAGGGAAUACUCCAACAACUUCUCUGAGAGUUCCACAGACGCCCCGGAUGGCCAGUCCGUCCCGAUUCACCCAGCUCAGACGACGCUGUCUGAGCCGCCGACGCAGCCACCCUCAGACGUGCAAGCUCCGCCAGAGAACAAAAACCGCCGUCUCGUCGUAAUUGUGCCCGCCACCGACCCAAGCCCGGAAAUCUGCAAGUUCAUCCUGACCGCUAUUGCUCUUGGCUACCCACGCCCCAUCAUCAUCAACUGGGGCCUGGAUUACCGCUCUGUAUCGAAAUGGGAGCGUGGUCAUAGCCUCAUUAAGACGGUGGGGAUUGUGCGAUAUCUUGAUGCCGCCUUGCACCCUGAUGCCCACCCUGACGAAAAGCUCGACGAGGAUGACCUCGUUCUCAUCUCGGAUGGCUCUGAUGUCUGGUUUCAAUUGCCCCCCGAUAUUCUCCUCGCACGUUUUCACAGGAGCAAUGCGAGAGCCAAUGCCCGGCUACGCGAGCAGUGGCACGGCGACUCACCUAUGCCGAUGCGGCAAACCAUCGUCACAGCAUGUCAGAAAAAGUGCUACCCAUCCAUCAUAUCCGGCCAAAACAUACGCUGCCACCUUCUCCCAGAGAGUCCGCUCAGAGCGGACCUGUACGGCCCAGAGACUGACAAGAACGAAACCCGCCACCACACCAAUCGACCCCGGUUUAUCAACGGAGGUAGCUACAUGGGCCCGGCAGGUGACAUGCGACGCAUGUUUCGCCGUGCCCAAGCCAUACUGGACGCCUACAUCGGCACGGGCAUGAAGGUCCAAAGCGAGCAGGGCCUCGUGGGAGAGAUGCUGGGUGAGCAGGAGCUGUGGCGGCAGUGGCUGAGGAAGCAAAAUUCAGCCGAUGAUGAGGCCAUGGCGAUGAUGGAGCAGACUUACGAGUACCAUAUCGGGCUUGACUAUCAUCAGGAGCUGUCCAUCCCUACCGUAAAGGCCCACCAGGACGGAGUGUUUAUUAAACUGAACAACCAAAUCGGUAUCGAGGAACACUCGGCAGAACUUCAGAUCUCUCCUGUCCGGCUCAAGGGUGUUCCGGAUGAUAUCAAGGCCACCCAAAACCCGCUGGCGAACGUGACGGAGAAUCCGGACUGGGGCGAGAUGCCCCUCUACGCCGACUUUUUUACCGAAUCCGUUCCCGUGAUGGUGCAUCACAACGCUCACGAGAACAAUCUGAAAGAACGACGUGUUUUGUGGUGGGAUCAAACGUGGUUCUUUCCGCACCUGCGAGAGCUUGUUGCUCGCACCCUGACGCCAAGGGAACCGACUCCGUUGGCAACUGUGCAAACUGAGGAUGGCGAGAUCACAUACUGGGCGCCACCGUUGGACAGCGUGCGAAGAAAGCCGCGGGUGUUCUUCGACUCGGUUGUGGAAUCUAUGAUUGAGGGCGACUUUAACACUAUGUGUCGAUAUCCGGACGAACAACCGGACGUGGGGCCGCACUGGUGGGACGAGGUUUUUCGGGACGGCAAGGGACCAAUUUAGACUGUAGAACAUGUAUAAUUCGAAUUGGUAAUGAACACAAUUUUAUUUCAUGCCCAUUCGAUGGUAGUCUAUCUCCAGUCGUGUCUUAUAUGAGUUACCACUUUGAGUAGCCCUUGGCAACUCAACAUUCAACUCUGCCAGAUCCCUUGUGCCUGUCAGAAUCAUGGCAAGAUGUGCCAUUUAUCAAGAGGUUAGGGUGCCCUAGUACACACAUACCCAGAGGGGGGACUAGAA